UUUCCGCGUGUGCUGUGAGCAGUGAUGAAUUGUGCGUACUAUCAACAGCACGGGGGCGGCCCCGUGCCUCAUAAUGUCAACAAUAAUUACUUCAACGAGGUUAGUAUCGACAACGCGGAUCACAAGGAUAUGAAGAUCUUAGAGCAUCCCAGCUUACGCGGCACGCCUUUGGCAAUGCUUGCGGCGCAGUGUAAUAAGCUAUCGAGCAAAUCUCCUCCGCCUCUGGCUGACGCGGCUGUCGGGAAGGGCUUUCAUCCUUGGAAGAAAAGCCCAGGAACACAUUCACCACCGGGCGCCGGAGUGGCCCCUCGUACACAGCCACCUUCUUGUACGCCCUACGGCCGCGGCCCGACGGCAUGCGCUGCUGCACCCACCUACGGAAAUGACAUAUACUUCCCAUCUUCUGGAGACCAAUUAUUAGGAAAAAGUGAAUCAAGCGCAAGUCUGGGUUCGAUGUACUCAAGACACCCCUAUGAAUCGUGGCCCUUUAACGUUGGUGGAGGAGGCGGCGGUGGGGCACUCAAGGCCGCCGAAAUGGGGGGCGUCAGUGCAGUCGGCAGUACUUGGUGGGACGUUCACAGUGGUUGGCUCGAUGUUGGAGGGCAAAUGGCAAAUUAUGCCGGACAAGAUUAUUCACAACUUACCCAUUCCCUGUCUGGUGGAGCGCAUUUACUUCCACCAGCUCCUCACCUCUUACAAGACGCUUACAAAUCAGUAUUGCCGACACAAGGAUCGUUUGGAUUACACGCGCCAGGCUCUCCAGCACCUCCAGCGCAGGCACCCUCACCGAGGUCCCAGCGGCGAUACGCCGGUCGAGCGACUUGUGACUGUCCCAAUUGCCAGGAAGCCGAACGACUGGGACCCGCUGGAGCUCAUCUCCGCAAAAAGAACAUUCAUAGCUGUCACAUUCCUGGCUGUGGAAAAGUGUACGGAAAGACUUCACACUUAAAGGCCCAUUUACGCUGGCACACCGGUGAACGACCUUUCGUAUGUAAUUGGCUUUUCUGCGGCAAGCGAUUUACGCGGUCAGAUGAACUGCAAAGACAUCUUCGGACUCACACUGGUGAAAAGAGGUUCGCAUGUCCCGUGUGUAACAAGAGGUUUAUGAGGUCGGACCAUUUAGCGAAGCACGUGAAAACUCACAACGGGGGCAAGAAGGGAAGUUCAGACUCGUGUUCGGAUUCAGAGGAGAACAGUCAAGGGGAAUGCGGAGUGGGUGGGCGGUCUCCUGAGCACCAAUUGGACGUGAAGCCUGGGCCGCUGUGACUGGGGCGCGCGGCGCUGCCGGUGAACCAUCACGCGUCGCUACUGUGAUACUGCAGGCCGCCCGCGCCCUCUGUACAUACGACAUAUCAACAUGAAUAGUUACGUGAAAGUGUAAAGUCUAUUCGAUAUUUAUCGACGGACUAUGUCUGACGUUAAAGUGUACAGUAUAAAAUACUAAUUAGUAAUUACGAUAAUAUUAUCCUACUAACGUAAUUUAAGUAGUUAACACGUUUGUCCAAAAUUGCAGUUGGUACUUAUUGUAAUGAUAAAAUACCUCAUGGUCCCAACAAAAUCAGAGUUUAUUUAUAAAUUAUAUUAACUAGAUUAUUGCUAAUUAAUUGUUACGUACAGAGGUCAUAAAAGCAUUUUGUGUCAAUUUUUCUUGUAUAAAAGUAGAAUAUUGUUUUGAUAUGGUAUUGUCCAUUACCUUUCUUAAUAUUUUAUUUUGAGUAGAUGCAUAUAAAAUUCACAAGAAAUAACCAUAGCGAUACAUCACAGAAUAUUCUAAUAAGGUUUCCUCUGCACAAAAUAGUAAAAUGUUGGAAUGUAUGAAAAUUUAUAAAUUUGUAUAAUAAAGCAUGCUAUGUGUUGUACAAACUGUGUAAAAACGAAGCAAAUGC